GGUUUAUAAUAGUGCUAUGGCAAACAAGAAAGACAAAGCUUUAAGGUCAAGCAUCUCAAUGAGAGAUAUCAUCUAUGAACAAGAAGAGCAAAUUGAAUUAGGCUCUCGUCAAUCCCGAUUAAUAUCAUCUAUGAAGAAAAGUAGAGGAUUGAAAGGUGGUUCUAUGGUUAAUAUCAUUGGUGAGCUAGAGGAUACUGCAUCAAGCCCUUCACAAACACCUUUAGUAUUGCAUACUAAUGAUGAUGGACCAGCUUUAGCACCCCAAGCUAAUGAUAAUGAUAGUAAGUAAUCAUGUUUUAUGUUUAGUUUAAUACUAAUAAUAAAUGUGUAGUAUUUUCUGUAUAAUUGUCUUUUAUUUAUUGAUUCCCAUAACAGGACCAGCAACUAAGAGAAAAAGGGGUCCGACAAAGUGCCUUAAAACUCAUGGUUUAAGCUAUGAGGAUCGGUUACCAAUUAGAUUAAAUAAGUAUGGUCAACCAAUUGGUUGUAAUCGCGCCAAGUUAAGCAGUCAUUUGGGGACUUUGGUUAGAAAUGCACGCCUUGCUCCAUUGACAUACACAAGUUGGCAUGGACUUAAAGAUAAUUGGGAAGAUUUGUGGGAAGCUACCAUUGUAUUACAUUUUUACACUUUUAACUUAGGUGUUU